UAGUUAUUUCAACCCUUGAUCUUGGUCGUCACUAUGCACGACGUUUACACUAGGAACGCUUCCACACUGCCCCUGUUUCUAGCCGGAGCGGUGAUAGCGCUGGACCCGCCUGUGCCCUUGCUUUGUGCUUCCCCCAGGUCACGGUCACGCUGUUCAGACAUGUAUCGCCGGGCUGUGCUGUCAGUGUACGGAUGCGGCACCUCCGGCCUGCGGCUGACCGGGAACAGACUUGCUGAUCUGGUCUGUAGGCGCCUCUCUGUAGGCAGUGUCCUCUGCUCUGAGAAAUCCCCCUCUGAUAAUGAUGGCACAGAGAAGACGUCUGCUGAGGCUGAGAACAAGACAUCACUGCCGCCUAAGAACGAGCCACCAAAGCACGAUGUCUUAAGUGGAUUGCUUAGUGGCAUGAAAGUUGAAGUGAGCUCAAAGAAGAAGUUCCAGGCGAUGAAGAAGAAAAAGGCAAAACAACAAAGUCAAGAGAAUACAGACAACAUAGAAAGCGCCAGCAGAAUGUUCCAGAUGGUGGCAGAAGAAAGUCAUCCAAACGAGGAGAAGCCAGUGAGCAAGGAAUUAGCUGAUGCAGCAACAGCUGUGGCGUCGACUUAUCCAUCCCAGGAAAAACAAGUUGAGUCUGAACUUCUUAGACAGUUGCGCUUGCACAAGAAAAUGGCUGAAGAAAUUCGAAGGAAAGGAAAUGAUGAUAUCAGCAAAGUUAUCUCUGGGAUGAAAGUUACAAAACAAAGGCCCAAAACUGGGAGGCAGAUUUCAGCCGAAGAGCGAGAGUUCAUGAAAGAUGCCACCAAAAAAUCACUACACGCUGGGAGACGUCUCAAGAUAUUUCCUGUUCCUGAUCCCUCGGAAGCACUCACUGGUACAGAGACGCCACUAACUCUCUGGGAUCUAGAGUUGGCUAAAGAGAUUUCAUACAUCAGUGAACAUCCGCCAAGGAAUGGAUUUGAGGAAAUGAUACAGUGGACAAAAGAAGGGAAACUCUGGACAUUUCCAGUUGACAAUGAAGCAGGUCUCGAUGAGGAGCAUAAGGUGGAGUUCCACGAGCACAUAUUCUUGGAAAAGUAUUUGGAGGACUUUCCAAAGCAGGGACCAAUCAGACAUUUUAUGGAGCUGGUGAUGUGUGGCCUUUCUAAAAACCCAUACCUUACAGUCCAACAGAAGAAAGACCACAUAGAUUGGUUCCACGAUUACUUUCACAAAAAGGAAGAUCUUCUGAAAGAAUGUGAUGUUAACAUCAACUAAACAGGAGACGCAAUUGUUGCUCCCCGUAUUCGAUUCACUCAUAGUUGUGCAGAACUGUGCAUACAUGGACCCAGAGGAAGGGGAGAACUUUCUAUUUCAUCUAUACCUAGGUAUAAUGGCAAAUGUGACAUAUUGCUUGUUUAAUAAUAAAAUAUAUUACACUAUUGGUUUGCGUGUGUAUCUUUAGAAAUUAGGAUUUAUAAUUUAGUUGGAUAUGAUAUUGGUCUACUUGUUAAGUGGCUGAAGCUUCAUAUGUGUUUGCCAUAUCUUUAUCAACUCACAAAAAGACUUUACUGAAGUCACCAUGAACUGGAAAGAAAUGGUGUUUUAUGGUUUGUGGAAAGCUCAUGUGUUGGGACCUUUUUUCGGGACUACCCCAUGUUGAGAUACCAGUUAAUGCCCCAAAUACAAAGGCUAGGGAAGGGGCUCCCUGAAUGGUUAUGACAGGAUGAUGGUAAGACAAUUGGCUGAAAGACUAAAUUAGAAGAUGUGGUUACGUGGCAUGGUCUCCUCGCUCACAAGACCUUAGCUCCCUUGAUUUCUUUUCUGGGGCAUGGUAAAGAAGAUGUUUUACGCAAAACAGAUUUGAAUCACCUGAAUGGAACGCUUUAUGAAUUAAAGUGCUCAAAUUGAUGGAAAUGUGGAGUUUCUACAUUGUGUUCAUGUAAAUGUUGCAAAGCACAUGGAACUUUUGCAUCGCAAAUGGUGAAAAUCACAUU